UUUCAGAAGCUAUGGAGAUUAUGAUCCUCUCUUUUGUUGGACCAGCGGUGAAGUCUGAGUGGGGGCUUUCAUCAACUCAAGAGAGCCUUAUAUCUACUGCUGUUUUUGCUGGAUUGGUGGUUGGAGCUUACUCUUGGGGUAUUAUAUCAGACAACUUUGGAAGGAAGUAUGCCCUUUUGUUUUAUUUAUUCUGUUUUCUUGAUAUCUGUCACAUAUUUUAACAUUAUCUGAUGCAAAUGAAAGUAUUUAUUCUUAGCCACAUACAUUUCUUUGCUUUAAUUGGGGAACUUUUAAUGUUUCCUAAGUCUAUUUGAAGUUUUGACUGUUUGAGAUAAAAAUUGGUUCAAUCUAAGUUUUUGGGAUUGGUAAAAUUUUUGUUUCUGUUGUUGGGUUAUCAGGAUUUUGUUCUGGAAAUAGCAGAAAAAGCAUUAAUUAUGAUUAGAAUUCGAAUUUAAGUUAUGACAAGCUUUCAGGUGAGGAUAUAUAAAAGCUGAUCUUUAUCAAGUGGUACCUUUCCAAUCAGCUUGAUUCAGUGGAUUCCUUUUAUGCUUUGAGCAGCUCAAGAUGAACAAGGUUCAGUAAUGUUAGUACUAUUUAAAUUUUGUGGUCAAAGGAUUUAGUUUUCAUUUGUUUGCCCAGGGAAGGAUUAACGACGCUGGACAUGUAAGGUUGAUCAACAAUAUGAAGCUCAUGGAAGAUCAAGAUGAACAAUUACCUCUAAAAUUUCGGAAGGGUUUUCUGGGAAUAGCAAUGGUAACUGCUGGUGCUGGGCUGCUAAGUUCUUUCUCUCCAAAUUAUACAUCGUUGGUGAUUCUUCGUUGUUUGGUUGGUGUUGGCCUAGGCAGUGGGCACGUUUUCUUAUCCUGGUUUCUAGAGUUCGUUCCUGCUUCUAAUAGAGGCAAAUGGAUGGUUGUCUUUUCAGCUUUCUGGACCGUUGGAUCAAUUUCUGAGGCCGCACUUGCAUGGACUGUCAUGCCAAGAUUGAACUGGAGGUGGUUACUUGCACUGUCCUCUGUUCCAUCUUUUGUUGUGCUUUUUCUUCUUGGUCUUUCACCGGAAUCUCCAAGGUAUCUAUGCAUGAAAGGUAGAACAGCUGAUGCACUUCAUGUUCUAGAACAUAUGGCACAACUGAACGGACAAAAACUCCCAAAUGGCAUGCUUGUUUCCAAUAAAACUGCAUGGGAUGAAGAAUUUGGUACUCCUGGACAUGUUCAUCUUCUUACAUUGGAUGUCAACAAAACCACACAGCCGAAAUCUGGCUUCUCAACAUUUCUCAUGCUAUUCUCACCAAGAUUAAUUAGAACAACUGUUCUUCUGUCAAUUUUACUCUUUGGAAAUUCAUUUGCUUAUUAUGCAAUUGUAUUGUUUGUCUCCGAGCUUAGCAGUGCGGAGAAAACUUGUAGCUCGACUAUGCUACUUGCAAAAAAUCUCCAGAGCUCUAGCCUCUACAUAGAGUCAUUCGUCACUAGCUUGGCAGAGGUUCCUGGACUUCUUUUAUCGGCAAUUCUAGUUGAUAAAGCUGGUCGCAAGCCUUCUAUUUCAAUUAUAUUCACCCUAGCAUUCAUUAUUAUUUUGCCACUGAUUAUCAAUCAGUCCAAUAUUUUAAGAACAAGCUUAUUAUUCGUAGCUCGCAUGUGUGCUAUGGGAACCUUCACAAUCUCUUUAAUAUAUGCCUCAGAGUUAUAUCCAACUUCAAUGAGGUCAACCGGCACUGGAUCUGCAAACGCCAUGGGAAGAAUCGGAGGUAUGGUUUGCCCUUUUGUUGCAGUUGCGCUGGUGGAGGGCUGCCAUACCAAAGCUGCCAUCAUAGUGGUAGAGGGUGUAAUAGCGAUAUCAGUAAUAUGUGUUCUAUUGAUCCCAUUUGAAACAAGAGGAAAGGAAUUGAGUGACAUUGUAGAUGUUGUACCAAAUUCAAGACAAGUGACUGUUGGUCAGUGAUAAGAUCGUAUGUAUGUGAAUAUGAUACGAGUACCAUUAUGUACGCAAACAAUAUGCAGAAACAAUAAUAUAUUACAAUAUGAUUAAGUAGUUUUAAAUUAAAAAUAAAACAAUACUCAAUCAUAUAGUAACAUGUUAUUGUUUAUGUUAAAAAUUGUACAUAUUAUUUGUGUAUACGAUUUUGUUGAUAUGAUAUUGCACCGUUAUGAAGCGUGAGUAUGAUUCACCAA